GGGCUUCGGCGGCGCACGGGAGGCGGGGCAGGAAGGCACGCGCGGCGCGGGUCCGCCUGCGUCCCUUGGGCUUCCCCGGCGGAGGACACGUGUCGGCGCGUUCCCACACUUGUCAUCUCCUCCCAUGUCAUAGCCCCUCUCCGAGGCCGGGGACCCCUGGCCCUCGUUAUCGCCCGGCUGACCCGGUCCCGCCUGGGUCUUUCCCCUGCACCGAGCGCCCUGCCUGCCCCGGGCAGAGGACGUGGGUCAGCAGGUCCGCACCCCUGUCAUCUUGUCCCCCUGCCUAGCUCCAGCUCAAGCUGGGAACCCUGGGCCCCAACAGCCCUCUGUCCAGGCCCCGCGCUGACCACAGGCUUGGCCUCGCCCCGACCGCGCGUCUCCGAGGCCCGGGAUGCAGCCCUCGGGCCCGGCGGCCGCCAAGGAGGCGGCGGGCCGCGACGUGCUGGCCGCCGACCUUCGGUGCAGCCUUUUCGCCUCAGCGCUGCAAAGCUACAAGCGCGACUCGGUGCUGCGGCCCUUCCCUGCCUCCUACGCCCGCCACGACUGUAAGGACUUCGAAGCCCUGCUUGCAGAUGCCCGAAGGUUACCUAACCUGAAGGAACUUCUCCAGUCCUCUGGAGACAAAGACAAACGGGUCUGGGACCUGGUGAGCUGGAUUUUAUCCUCCAAGGUCCUGACAAUCCACAGUACCGGGAAGGCAGAGUUUGAAAAGAUCCAGCAGCUGACUGGUGCCCCUCAUACGCCUGUCCCCACCCCGGACUUCCUAUUUGAAAUCGAGUACUUCGACCCAGUCAACGCUAAAUUUUAUGAGACCAAAGGAGAAAGAGACCUUAUUUACGCCUUCCAUGGUAGCCGCCUGGAAAACUUCCAUUCCAUCAUCCACAACGGCCUGCACUGCCACCUGAACAAGACGUCCUUGUUUGGAGAGGGGACCUACCUCACGAGUGACUUGAGUCUGGCCCUCAUUUAUAGCCCCCAUGGGCAUGGGUGGCAGCACAGCCUCCUUGGCCCCAUCCUUAGCUGUGUGGCUGUAUGUGAGGUCAUUGACCAUCCAGAUGUCAAGUGCCAAACCAAGAAGAAGGAUUCCAAGGAGAUAGACCGCAGAAGAGCGAGAAUCAAACAUAGCGAAGGGGGAGAUAUCCCUCCUAAGUACUUUGUGGUUACCAAUAACCAGCUCCUGCGAGUGAAGUAUCUGCUGGUGUAUUCGCAGAAGCAGCCCAAGAGCAGGGCUUCGAGCCAGCUCUCCUGGUUUUCCAGCCAUUGGUUCCUGGUCAUGAUGUCCCUCUAUCUGCUGUUGCUAUUCAUAAUGAGUGUCAUCAACUCCUCUGCUUUCCAACACUUUUGGAAUCGUGCAAAGAGAUAAUCUUUCUGGGCCUGGUGUGGGGGCCACCUCAGCCAUGUGCCUUAGGAUAGCUUGUUCUCUACCACGUGUGCCUCAUGUCCAGCCAGGCCAAGCCUGGGGAUGAGGUGGGGGACCACAGGACGAUUUGUAUGCCAUAAGUGAACUGAUUGCCUUUGAUGAUGAUCCCAGCUACAGUCCAGUCAGUGGGGACCCUUGACCCUCACUUGCAGGUUUCUGGGGAGCCCUUCCAUCUGCUCCUUCCUAAAGUCCUAAGAAGUUGACUCCAGCCAAGGCCAAAGGAAAAAGUCCUGCUGCACUUCAAAACAAAGUGUCCAAGCUGUCAGUGGUGUGUUUACAGUCACUCCUGGCAGAGGCUGCCCCUUUCUCUAAUGCCUUCUGGAAGGCAGAGCUGUGUUGUGGGGACUAUAAAUCACUAGGCGGUUGCCUUGUUUUGACUUGAGACACCCAACAGGGUCGGUCAUGUUUCUCAUAAAAGUCAGUGAGAGUCCAUCAACCUUUGUAUGUGAGUGCAAAACAUUUUUAACAGUUUCCUCAGACCAACAAACAGCCUUUGGCUCCAGCUAUAUCUCCCUCCCCUCAAACCAGGCAAGAGAAAGGAAGGAAUCAGAGGCCUGUAAGAAAAAAAGUACAGACUUAACAAUGAGCAACUCAAGUCAUCUUUUUCUAAAAAUUAUCAACUGCUGAUUAUAGAACCGAAUGUGUUUUCUGAUUUUUUUUAAAUAGCUGUUUGACAAAUUAGUCAUUGUGAGCUGAGUAGAAGGGAAAUUUCUAAACCUAGAGCACCAUUUGGCCAGGAUCCACAGCCUCGUUCCUUGCUGUGUUUAGAGGGUUCUGAGUGGCAGGCUUGCUCCUGUCCUCAUUCUCACAAAGCUGCCUUGAUUGUGUCCUGCCACCCACAAGUGCCAUGCUGCAGGCCUUUGGUGGACUGCUGGCCUUCACGACAGAGGCCUGCCUCAGUGUGCUACAGAUCUGGAUGGAUUGAGCCUUUCUCGGGGAUCACAGUCUUCGGGGCUCAGCCUGGGCUUUAAUGUGUAGGACAGUCUUCUGGUCACCCAGACAUAGUUGCUGUAUUUGCUGCUUCACCUUCCUGCUGGCUUUCAGCUACAGUGGAACCCUGUCUGAUUUGAGGGUGAGAUUUCUGAAAAGAAGGGGGAAAAUAAUUUUUCUACAAUUUGUAAAGUUGUGCAAAAGCCACUAUCACGGUUUUUACAUUGA